AUGUCGGUGUCGGGGCUUAAGGCCGAAUUAAAGUUCCUGGAGUCAAUUUUUGACCCUAACCAUGAGCGCUUCAGAAUAAUCGACUGGAAGCCCGAUGAACUGAGCUGCCAGUUCAAUGUGACGGGAGAAAAGCUGUUGAUUAUUCACUGCAACAUCACGGAGUCUUACCCUUCAACACCACCAAUAUGGUUUGUUGAUUCAGAUGAUCCAAGUCUGACUGAAGUCCUUGAACGACUAGAUGAUGUCAGAAAAGGCAAUACCUUGCUCCUACAGCAGCUGAAAAGGCUGAUCUGUGAUUUAUGCCGACUCUAUAACCUGCCCCAGCAUCCUGAUGUGGAGAUGCUGGAUCAGCCUCUUCCUGCUGGACCCAUCAGUCAAGACAAGAAGCAUGGAACAACAGAUGAAGUGACAUCAGAAGAAGAGGAGGAAGAGGAAAUGGCAGAGCAGGAUAUUGAAGAUCUAGACCACUAUGACAUGAAAGAGGAGGAACCAGUCGAAGGGAAAAAGUCAGAGGACGAUGGCAUUGAGAAGGAGAAUCUGGCCAUUUUGGAGAAAAUCCGCAAGAACCAGAGGCAGGACCACUUGAACGUAAGUGUCCAUUCGGGUGCAGUGUCUGGUUCAGUCCAGGCCUCUGACCGUCUCAUGAAGGAACUCAGGGAGAUCUAUAGAUCACAGAGUUAUAAGACAGGUAUCUAUUCAGUGGAGUUAGUCAAUGAUAGCCUGUAUGAAUGGCAUGUCAAGUUAAGGACGGUUGACCCAGACAGUCCGUUACACAGUGACUUGCAGGUUUUGAAGGAAAAAGAAGGCAUGGACUACAUUCUGCUCAAUUUCUCUUAUAAAGAUAACUUUCCCUUCGAUCCUCCCUUUGUACGGGUUGUGUCUCCUGUCCUGACUGGAGGAUAUGUUCUUGGUGGAGGAGCCUUGUGUAUGGAGCUACUUACAAAACAGGGCUGGAGCAGUGCCUACUCAAUAGAGUCAGUCAUCAUGCAAAUCAACGCCACCUUAGUGAAAGGGAAAGCCAGAGUACAGUUUGGAGCAAAUAAGAAUCAAUACAAUCUUGCCAGAGCACAACAGUCAUACAAAUCAUUGGUUCAGAUUCAUGAAAAGAACGGCUGGUACACACCUCCUAAAGAAGAUGGCUAGGGAAAUCAUUGAUCCGCUUGCACACUGCAAACAUGGUCAAACCUUUGCUUUAUUUUACUUCUGUUUUCACCUCUUCAGCUUGAGUAUGAUGCCCCCUGCAGUGAGUGGAAGCCAUCAGGGGAAACGUUUCUCCUUUUGCUGUCUGGAAUGCUCAGAAAUUUGCAUCAUCCUUUAUCCUCUGCAAGGCUGGACACUUUGACCAGAUCCCAUGAUGUCUGGAUUUGUCUGUUUCUCAUGCUCUUUCUCUCUCUCUCAUCUAUUGUCUUCUGUACCGAUGGGACGUUCACAGCCUUACUGUACUAAUAAGGCAUCCAACAUGGUGUUUCAAAAUGGUUUGAUCGGAGAAAGAUUUUUUUUUUUUUUUUUUUUGCUUCCUCCUCACUUUUAUGUGAGCAUGGCUCUGUUCAGGAUUAUUAUAUAGAUGGAGAUGCUCAAUGAAGAUGCUGGAUCUGAUCCUCUUCUGUCUGCUUUUAAAGGACAUUCUUAUGGCCAUGGACUUUAAAUGGUGGUUUACUGAACUUAAAACAGGAUAUGGAUGCAACUAGAGACAAUGUGAAGACAAUGUGCCACUGCUCUUGUAUCUAUAGAGACUUUUUUUUUCCCUCAUGCAUUCUGAGUUAACCUGUACUGGUACAUUUAAUGCUGAUGUCAUCAAAGAAUCGUUAUUUGCCACAAUUAUAUGUGUAAGCAACCCUAAUGUUAAUGAUAACAGCGAGGAGGAGAGGAAGGGGCGCUUGUAUAACUCUAGCUCCAGAUCUCAUUUUUCCAACGAAGGAUGAAUUUCACUCAGUUUCCUCAAGCUUGCUUUUAGCAUGUGGCUGAUCUGACCAAUAAUGGACAAAUGCAAGCUUUGAAAAGGCGAAGCAGAACUGGCGGUCGCUCCAUAGUUGAACAGAGCUCCACUUGUAUACUUGUAAAUGGAUUUGAGGUGUCUUAAAUGUGGUGUUUAUGUGAAGUGGGGGAAUUAUCGGAGUUGUUUUCACAUGAGGACUUGGGACUCGAAAUGGGGAAAAGGUUGAUGUUUUUCAAAAUAAUGGGGGUAAUAUCUUAAAAAUUGUAUUUAUGUAAGUGAUAUGAACAUAACUUUUUUUGUUUUUGUUGCCACCCUUAAUUGUCAUUUUCAUAAUUUCUGCUCCAUUAAAAAACAUCUGUUACAGAUUGA